UUUAACCAUGGCUUCCCUGUGUUCAUCUUCCAUCAUAAAGAAAUCAAUCAUCAAUUUUAUUAUUAUAUAAUAUCCAUCUCUGUUCCCAAUAAUCACCAACUCAUUAUUAUACUAAUAAUCAACUCACAUACUUCAGUACACUUGUUAUAUAACUUGCUACACUGAAUCACUCACAAAACAAUUCUUCUUCGUUUCUUCUCGAUUUCGAUCGUCUCCGUGUAUAAUCUGCUGAUUCAAAGAUGCUGUAACUUCUGUUCAUACGUCGAUUUUAAGGAAGCUUCAUCAUUUACAGGUGCUGUUCAUACAUUGAUUAUAAGCUAGAUGGCUUAAACUAUAUAAUAAUUCUAUCUUAGGAGAAUUCUCGAGGGUCGGUUUGCUUGGAGAACAAGUUAUAUACAAAUGGGCCAUGGAUUUCAGCAUAUAUUCGGAAUUUCGAGAUUGGCAUACUUUGGGGGAGCGGUGUUUGCUGUUAUCAUAAUUUUACAGUAUUUUGAAUUUCCUUAUGGUGAUGUUAUAUCAUCUUUAUUUUCUGCUAGCAAGAUUCACAUAAGUUACGGUACUAACCGUACUAGUAGCAAUUGCACUACGGAUAAUGCCACUACUACUUUAACGUCCCCUCAAAUUCUCCUAGAUUCCAACAUGUCUGAAACGUACAAAAAUGCAUCAAAUUUGGUUCAUAAUUUCACAAAAAAUGAAUCCCCAACUAGAGAUAUUUUCCCAUCAGUCAAUUUAUCCGCUGUGACUGAGGUCCACCGUAAGAAGCAAAAGGUGAAAGUAGUGUCAAUUUCUGAGAUGCAUGAUAUUUUAAUCCACAACCGUGCUUCUUCUCAUCCAAUGAAAUCACUGUGGACUUCAAGAGCUGAUCAAGAAUUACUGAAUGCAAAGCUGCAAAUUGAGAAUGCUUCUUUUAAUGAAGAUGAUCGUACCCUUUAUCCUUCUGUGUUCCGUAAUAUUUCAAAAUUUAGGAGGAGCUAUGAACUAAUGGAGAAAACACUCCAAGUAUACAUCUACAAAGAAGGUGAAAAACCGAUAUUCCACCAGCCAGAGGCGGUUAUGAAGGGAAUAUAUGCAUCUGAAGGAUGGUUUAUGAUGCAAAUGAAAUCAAGCAAAAGAUUUAUUACGAAAAAACCAAAACAAGCCCAUUUGUUCUACAUUCCUUAUAGCUCUAAAUUAUUGAAAGCAACUUUAUUCCCCAACUCUUAUAAUCGAGAAAGCGUGGUACCGUAUUUGAAGAGCUAUAUUGACAUGAUCUCGCGGAGAUAUAAUUUCUGGAAUAGAACCGGUGGGGCCGACCAUUUUCUUGUUGCCUGUCAUGAUUGGGCGCCAGAUGAAACAAGACAAUUCAUGGGUACCUGCAUUCGAGCCAUUUGCAACAACGAUGUCCAAAAAACAGGUUUCGAGUUAGGAAAAGACGUUUCUCUCCCUGAAACAAACGUUCGUUAUCGUCAAAACCCAUUACAGAAUCGUGGAGGUAACCCCCCAUCCAAACGCUCCGUUUUCGCUUUCUUUGCUGGCAAAAUGCACGGUUACCUUCGCCCAAUCCUCUUACGCCACUGGGAAAACAAAGACCCAGACAUGAAAAUCUUUAGUAAACUUCCGAAAGUCAAAGACGACAAAAACUACGUUGACUUUAUGAAAAACAGCAAGUUUUGUAUAUGUGCCAAGGGUUCGGAAGUCAACAGUCCUAGAGUUGUGGAGGCUAUUUUCUAUGAAUGUGUUCCUGUAAUCAUAUCCGAUAAUUUUGUCCCGCCGUUUUUUGAGAUUUUGGAUUGGGAAUCGUUUGCGGUUUUUGUACCCGAGAAAGAUAUCCCGGAUCUGAAAAAUAUCCUUCUUUCGAUCCCGAAAAAAAGGUAUUUGCAAAUGCAUAAGAGGAUUAAAGAAGUACAACAACAUUUUCUUUGGCAUGUUAAGCCAGUUGAAUAUGACAUUUUUCAUAUGAUACUACACUCAAUAUGGUAUACUAGAGUUGCUAGAGUAAUGUAAAUCCCAAAGGUGAUUAAUUUAUUAUCUUGUAAAUACACAUUUCUUUUUCUUUUCUUUUUUUAUUUAUACUAUAUACUUUGUGAAGUCCAAAAAAA